GGCGCGGGUGCUGCGGGUGGCGAUGUCUCGCCGGGCUCUGCGGCGGCUGCGGGGCGAGUGCCGCGGGCAGGGGCUGCUGGGCGAGGAGCCGCCCCUCGGAGGGCCGGAGACGCAGGGGAGCGGCGAGGACGAGGAGGUCGCGGGGGACCAGCCGCCGCCCGUCUCCGCCGGCGGGAGGAGGCGGCGGGGCACGCGGAGGGAGCCCUUGGAGCGGGUGGCGAAUCCCUUCGAGCUGAUAAACAGUGAAGGACUGGAUGAGGACCUGGAUGAGUCUAAAGAGAAGACUGAUGAAUCCCGACUGCAGGAAGGAGGCAACCCGACAACUGAAGAGGCCGAACCUGAAGGGUUGGAGCAGGACAAGCGGGAGGAUGGGGGAGAGGUGGAACAGCUGGACCAAAUGUCUACUGCAAACAACAAAUCACGAAAGAAAAAGAAGAAAAGAAAGAAUAAGAAGAAUGCUUCAGGCGAGGCUCUGUUCCUUGGAGAUGAUGACCAAGUGGAAAAUAUUGAAAGCAUUUUGCUGAGCAUUGAGAGUUCCAGUGGGCCCCCAUGCCAGAGCCAGAGCAGGCUGGUCACAGAUAACCGGCCUCUUCUUUACAUUGAACACAGGAGCUUGAAUCCGGAGACAGAGCUGAAGAGAUACUUCGGGGCCCGGGCAGUUCUGGGAGAUCAGAGGCCAAGGCAGAGGCAGCGCCAGUAUGUACGCAGCACAUGGUUGACAGCACCCAAGGACACCUGGCCACGUCAUAGCAGAACAGGGAUCUCCAUGAGGCUUUUAGAAUCCAGGCGUGGAGAGCAACACUUUGCCUUUGAGCACAACCGCGAGUACCAGCUGGUGCAGUUCAAGUUCUUGGAUGCCGUGGAAUCGAUGGACCCAAACAAUCUUGUGCUGCUGCUCCAGAUGAACCCGUACCACGUGGACUCCCUUCUGCAGCUGAGCGACGUCUGCCGGAUGCAGGAGGACCAGGAGAUGGCCAGGGACCUGAUUGAGAGAGCCCUCUACACCCUGGAGUGCGCCUUCCACCCCGUCUUCAGCCUCACCAGCGGCACCUGCAGGCUGGACUACCGCCACCCGGAGAACAGAGCCUUCUACCUGGCCCUCUUCAAGCACUUGCUGUUCCUGGAGAGGAGGGGCUGUCCCCGGACGGCCCUGGAGGUCUGCAAGCUCCUUUUGAGCCUCGAUCCGGAGAAUGACCCGCUGUGCAUGCUCCUGAUGGUGGACUUGCUGUCCCUGCGAGCGAGAGAGUACGCCUUCCUGACACGCAUGUUCCAGGAAUGGGAGGGCCAUCGGAAUCUGAGCCAGCUGCCCAAUUUCGCCUUCUCCGUCCCUCUGGCCUAUUUCUUUCUGAGCCAGCAGGAAGACCUGCCGGAGGCAGAGCAAAGCCGAGCCCGGGAGCAAGCGGACAGCCUCAUCCAGCAGGCUCUGAUUAUGUUCCCCAGUGCCCUGAUGCCCCUCCUGGACCGGUGCAGCGUGCAGCCUGACCCCGUGGUCGCCUCCCAUGCCUUCUUUGGGCUGGAAGCCCAGCUGAGUGUGCCUGCAGCAUUGAGCCAGCUGGUCUCCCUCUACCUGGGGAGGAGCCACGCCCUCUGGAAGGAGCCCAGCGUCAUGGCCUGGCUGGAGACCAACGUCCACCAAGUGCUGCGGGUGGUGGAUGCCAAGGAGCCCGUUCUGGAGGAGGCAGAACAAAAGCGAAAGGCUAGGUACCAAAACGCACCCAGGAACGUCUACCGCCACGUGAUCCUCUCGGAGAUCAGGGAAGCCACAGCAGCAUUACCUCCGGAAGUGACCUCCCAGCCCAUCAUGGGGUUCGAUCCUCUGCCGCCCCUGGACUCCAUUGCUUCCUACACGAGGCCCGAAAGAGCGGCUCAUCCGGGCAACGAAAGCACUUUAUCCCUCUUCUUUCGCUCACUGCUGCCGAACUUCAGCUUGCAGGGGGAAGUUCGCGCCGGAGGAGAAGCCGAGCCGGGUGCCGGGCAGAACCUCAACCAGGGAGUGAACCGGCUGAUGGCGGCCAUGCGGGACAUGCUGGCCAACAUCCAGUUCCAGGAACCCCCCCGAGAUGACAACCCUGAGGGCGAUGGGGGAGACUGGGACUGAAUUCUGGCUCCCCUCCCCCCACCCACAAUAAACAGAAGAAUCUGGA